GGGCUUCCCGUUAUUCCCUUCCUCGCUGGAAGUAGGCAGCGGGCGCCAUUAUGGGAGCAACCAGUACCACAUUCUCGUCAUUACCAUCUGCCACAUCUGCUGCUAGGUAUGCUAAUCAAUCAGUUAACCAUAAAGCCGGCAUCUUGUCUCCUUCACUGCCGUCAAUGGUACGAGGUCUUGGGCCUCUGCCGAUCGGCGAGCCUCACGGAUUCACAGGUAGUUUCUUAAAUUACAAUCGUCAUCCACUGAACGGUAUUGCUGCUGGUCAUUGUUUCCGCAAGCGGAAGAAUCCCGUAAUUUCCAUUAUCUCUGAAAUGAAUGUCACGAAUAAUGAUGAUGAAGCCUCAUCCGUGACCGCUUACGCAACUUUCUUCUCCGAUUCUGCCGUACCGAGCAUUGGCAGAGAUACUCAGAGGAGCACUGGCAACCACAGUAGCUUGGAGUUGUCUUUGGAAGUUAGAGAGAUAGAAGAAAGGUGCAAUAAAUGGCAAUGGAGGGGCCACGACAUUAAUUACUUAGUUCAUCAUGGUAGAGGGGUCGAAGACGCGAACAAUCCUUCAAAUUCAGAUUCUAAUAUUCGGCCGCCUCUCCUCCUUGUUCACGGGUUUGGUGCUUCUGUUGCUCAUUGGCGCAGGAAUAUUUUGACACUGGCUCAAAAUCACACUGUUUAUGUAAUUGACCUUCUUGGUUUUGGUGCUUCUGAUAAACCAGCAGAUUUUCCAUAUAGCACAGAAUCAUGGGCUCAGUUAAUAUUGGAUUUCUUGAAUGAAAUUGUUCAAAGGCCAACUGUACUGAUAGGGAAUUCUGUCGGAAGUCUUGCUUGUGUUAUUGCUGCUUCAGAACCUACUCAGUCCUUGGUUCGAGGGCUUGUUCUUUUAAAUUGUGCUGGUGGCAUGAACAAUAAGGCAAUUGUUGAUGAUUGGAGGAUCAGGCUGUUGUUACCACUCCUUUGGUUUUUUGACUUCUUAUUGAAUCAAAGGAGGAUUGCUUCAUUCAUCUUUGAACGUGUGACACAGCGAGAUAAUUUGAGGAACAUCUUACUCUCUGUUUAUGGAAAUAAGGAGUCUGUGGAUGAAGAUCUGGUACAGAAAUUGCAGAUCAUUAAGCAACCAACACAUGAUCAAGGAGCUCUUGACGCUUUUGUUUCCAUUGUGACGGGGCCACCAGGGCCGAAUCCUGUGCAGUUGAUGCCAAGGAUCACCUUACCUGUACUAGUUUUAUGGGGUGAUCAAGACCCUUUCACCCCUUUGGAUGGUCCUGUAGGUAGAUACUUCUCGUCCUUGCCAGCUCAACUACCAAAUGUAAGUCUGUUUGUUCUGGAAGGCGUAGGACAUUGCCCUCAUGAUGACAGACCAGACUUGGUACAUGGAAAACUGAUUCCGUGGCUGGAUCUUCUCCCCGCUUCCAAGACAUUGUCAUGAUUUGAGCGUCCAUUUGUUAACUCGACGUGACUGAUAUUUCCAGUGGACGUAUAACGAAUGCCCCAGUGAUUAUAUGACAUAACAAAUGGAUAACUAUGUUCUAAAUCUUUC